AGUGAGAAACCACGAAUUUAAUUCACCACGUUCAUCAUUGAACUACACUGAGAGAAAUGCAUAGAGCCCCAUGUGUUCAAUCGCUAAUGCCCCCUCUUCUAGAUUAAGGGCUUUUCCUCCUCCUCCGAUUAAUCUUAUGCUCAGCUCCACUUCUUUGAAUUGCCCCAAAACUUUCCCCCGAAGACCUCUCCGUUCCAUUCCAGCCCCUCCAUUUUUUAGGGCUUCUAAAUUGAGCCCAAAUAUCAAAUCUGUAGCUGGACUUACUCAUACCUUCAGACCCUCCUGUACGAAGAAGUGGAAAAUAUCGUGCUUCAGGCAUGAGGAAUGUUCUUCAGCGGGAAUCAAUCGAGAGUCUCUUGGGGAGGAGAGUCGACAUGAAGAUUUGCGGAAAACAGAAGUUGAAAAGCCAAGUACUGGGAAAAGAAGUUGGAUAUCAAGUCUUGGAGAGUGGGUAGAUGCUGUGUUAAGAGUGAUUGGAAAACCGUGGACUGUACCAUGGACAGCAGAGACCAUCCUACAGGUUACACUCCUCUGGGUUGUCUCAUUCUGGUUCGUAGGUUCUUGGAUGAUUCCGUUUGGAGCUCAUAUGGUGGGAUUCAACAAGGAAUCACUAACUUAUAGAGGGCAAGCUUUGUUCAGCCUUUUGACUGAUGUGACUGAAGGUCUUGCUGGAAUUUUAAUUCUUCAUCGUUGUCUGUCUAGAUUUCGCCCACUUCCAUCAGAUUGGUUUAAAUUUAGCCUCAAAGGGAAGUGGCUGUUGGAUGUUGUUCUGGGAUGCUUGAUGUUUCCAUUGGUUAACAGGCUGUCACAGUUCAACCUUGAUUUAUUGCCUGUUCUGCCUUCAACUCCUGUAACUCUAUCAACUGUGGAGCAGUCAAUCAUGGCACGAGAUCCGGUGGCAAUGGGGUUGUACGCAUUGGUACUUGUUGUGUGUGCUCCGUUGUGGGAAGAAAUUGUGUUUCGUGGUUUCCUUCUGCCUUCCUUGACUAAAUACAUGCCCGUCUGGUGUUCAGUCCUAAUGAGUUCUGUUGCUUUUGCUUUAGCACAUUUUAAUGUACAGAGAAUGUUGCCACUAAUUUUUCUAGGGGUUGUGAUGGGUGUAAUUUAUGCACGGUCUAGGAGUCUACUACCAUCAAUUCUCUUGCAUAGUUUGUGGAAUGGGUUUGUAUUCUUAGAUUUGAUGAAAUAAAAUUUCAUGUCUUCAAUUUAUAUCACUCUCUGUCUCACUCUC